CAUAUAAAAAAAAAGGAGUUUGUUUAUGGCGAUCUCAACUUGUAAGGUUGCGCGAUUGUUCAUUUUAUUUUAUUUACCUUCGUAUUUGUAUUUGAAAAACACAAAAAUAAUAUUUUUGUAGUUAUAUAGUCCAUUGGCUGGACCAAGUAAAUUUUAUUAAUGUGUUAUUGAAUGUGAAAAAUUACAUUGUAGCUAUUGAUAUUACCAUUUCAUGACAAAAGGCCUUGCAACGCGCAUUCCGAGUUUUCCAAAUGUAUUGUUUUGAUAGAUAAUGGAUCCGAGAAUGUGUAGGAAAAUCAGUAGUGAAAGUCUUCCAGAGGUUGAUAAUGUGGAAUAUGAAGUAUCAAACGUCAUUGCACCGCAAGAAAGCGAGGAUAAUUUUCUGAUAGAAGGCAGUCCUGAGCUAAAUUCUGUGAACUGGCUGGAUGAUGAUCAGAUUGAUGAGCUAGAUCUUAAUUUAGACCAAACAAAUCUAUUUUUUCAUAGAGUCGAUAGUGCAGAUAUAAUAUAUAGAAGCAAGAAGCAAAAAUGCAAGAUGGUAGGGAAGUAUGUGAUGGGCGAUAUGUUAGGAGAAGGUUCAUAUGGGAAAGUCAAAGAGAUGUUGGAUUCCGAAUCGCUGUGUCGACGAGCCGUGAAGAUACUGAAGAAGCGGAAACUGAGAAGAAUACCAAAUGGAGAACAGAAUGUACAGAGAGAGAUACAAUUAUUACGGAUACUCAGACACAAGAAUGUGAUAGAACUAGUUGAUGUUAUGUAUAAUGAUGAAAAGCAAAAGAUGUAUCUUGUAAUGGAAUUCUGUGUGGGAGUGUUGCAGGCAAUGUUGGAGGCUAGUCCUGGCAAGAAGUUUCCUCAGCGUCAAGCCCAUGACUACUUCACCCAGCUGCUGGAUGGUCUGGAGUACCUGCAUGGACAGGGGGUUAUACAUAAGGACAUUAAGCCAGGGAAUUUAUUGCUUACCAUGGAUCAGACUUUGAAGAUUACAGAUUUUGGUGUUGCUGAGGAAUUAAAUAGGUUUUCUCCUGAAGAUACCUGUUAUACAGGACAAGGAACUCCUGCCUUCCAACCUCCAGAGAUAGCAAAUGGAGCAGAGCAGUUUUCCGGUGUCAAAGUUGACAUAUGGAGUAGUGGUGUAACCUUAUACAAUAUGACCACAGGCCACUAUCCCUUUGAGAGUGACAGUGUGUACAGGCUCCUGGAAGCUAUUGGCCACGGGGAGCCUGCCCCCCCGCCGCCAUCUUUAGGACCAACCUUGAUCGCGCUGCUAUCGGACAUGCUGCAGCGGGACCCUGACUUAAGGCCGAAAGUCCAAGAAAUUAGGAGACAUGCGUGGGUUCAAGCCACGCCCGCUUUGGAACCCGGCGAGCGUAUCGUAAGUCCCCGUUUGCGGCGGUCCGAUGAACUACACAACUCCACCGUCAUACCGUACCUCAUAGAGAGGCAUUACGGAUCAGCACAAGAGUACUUCACUGAAAGGGACCUGAGGCAUGAUCUAGGUUCAGGCGGUUCCCGCACUAUGUCUACUGCGGAGUUGUCCGACGCGGCGUCGUCGCGGCGUAAGCGUCGCUGGCAUUCUUCCUGCGGCCGACUGCCAUCUUGCCGGCUCACGUGAUCCCACACACCCUUCUAGAACUUAACCUUGCCAUUCUAAGGUCAAAAAACGUUAAACCACCCUGUAAAGUGUUAUUUAGUAUGUGAGUUGUUGAGCCGCAUUAGACGCUUGCCUUUAAAAAUGGCUUUUCUGUUUUAUUACGUUUCGAUCAGAUAUUUUUCAAAAUAAAAUCCUGCAAAACCUUUAUUAAUGUGUUUGUUGUUUUUUAUCUGUUGAUCGUCGUCUAAUGUGGCUCCCAAUUUAGCACUACUCUUUUUCGUGAAAUACUGCCUUAUAUCUAAUGGCGAAACUAUAUAAAUAGUACGUAUAAUAGUAAACCACAAGUGCCGUUUACGCCAUAGAAAUAAUACAGCAUGCCACGAAAAAGAUUUUAUUGUUACGACUCUUAAUUAAAUGUUUAAAUUUAUUGUACUUCGUAAAGCAUCUAGUCUAGGUUGUGUGCACCACGUUGCGAUGUAGAUCACUGUUUGAAGAUUAAAGACUGACUUUAGAUUGACGCAUAGUACUUAACGUGUAGUACCUACAUACAAAUAUUUUAUACAUAUCAGUGAACCUAUAAAAUAAGAUAAGCUCGCUGGUAUGUAAGAAAUUCUAAAUAUGAUUUGCGCCUUUUCUAUGAAGAGGCAGUGUGUGUUUCUUUGUCUCGUGUUUUAGUCGUAGCGCGUCAUCUAAACUCAGCCUUAUUUCUGAGUGUGCUGUAGCGCAAUCUGUCACAUACUUAUAAAUCAUUGGGUGUCAACACUCUGUUUUGAGGUACUUCUAUGUUCGGUGUUGCCUGUAAAGUACCAUUAAUUUUCUUCUAUAUUGUUGCAAUUUAUGUUAUCGCUGUUUAGUUAAAAUUUAAUUUGAUUUGUAUUUGAGUGUCCAAAGAUAUGAAAAUAUAUUAAUGUUAUUCUUUGUUCCCUUUUGUGGUCUUAGAAUUUUCGUAAAUGUUUAGAUUGUUUAGCGUUUGGUAUUUUUGUAUGAAUAUCGAACCAAUUUUGGCGUUUUUUUUUUCAUAUUAAUGAAUCCGAUAUCGAUUUCCUUGUAAUUAGUCUUUACAUGCAGUAGACGUACUACGAUUAAACUUCUGCAAAAAGGAAUGUUGAGUUCAUUGCUAAUUAUUUUACCUGAGUACCUACGGCAAAACCAAGAAAGUUGUGAAAACCAGCCAAUGUGGGUGAAUCCUUACUAACUAAUGUAAAAAUUUCAAUGAGAAAUAUUUUAUUAUCUGGAUGAAUAUUCCUUUUCAUACAGAAAUGUUAAACUAAAGAAAUUUCAGUGUUCAAAAAUAUAGUUAUAAUAAAUCUGUUUAUAUUUAUUAUUCAAGCAGCUCUUUCGGCAUCAUGUAAGUAACCAUUUUUAAGUCGCAAACUAUUAAUCCCAAUGCGUGUAAUUCCCAAAUUCCCACCCACUAUGUCCCAAAUAAUAUGAUCGUAUUAUUUUAUUUAUUAAUAUUUUACAUUUUCCCAUGAUGUAAUUUUAUAAAUUUAAUUCUUAAAGCAGAUUGCCUUAUAAAAUGCAAUAAAAUGAACCUCGUGUGAUACACAUGUAUUUUCGUGUGUUUGAUAGUUUAUUCAAGACGAUAAGUGUCGGCGCUGAAUUAUAUUUUUAUAUGUUAUAAUUGAAACACAUUAACACUGUUAUAGAAAAAAAUCUUUUAAUUUAGAGUCGAGUGAGAUAUGCUGUUUGAAUAUUGUUUUGUAAAUCCUUUGUGAUUUUAGAUGUUAGUUGAUGUACAAAAUGCAGGACAAACCAGGGAAAUCGAUAGUGUCUCUUAAUUGGAAAGCAGAAUAAAGUUU